AUGCAUCAAUGGCACCGGGUGGAGGCACGACCCGGUGCUAUUGGUGCAGACAUUGGCACCGGGUCACGCCAUAACCCGGUGUCAGUGCAUACCUUAGAUAUAUGCACCGUCCGAUCCGUGUCCAUUCAUCUCUCACAUCUCUCAUUCUCUCGUCUCUCUCAUCUCUCAUUCUCUACCUCUCAUCUCUCCCACCUCUCCCACUGCCUUAUCUCUGUGAGACUGGGAGCGGAGGGGGCGCACGAGAGGGCCGAGCGGGCCGCCGCCGCCGCGGGAGCCGAGCGCGGCCCGCCCAAGCCGGGCUCGGCCAUCCGCAUCUCCGCCACCUUCGUCCCGGCGGGCAGCACCCCGCCGCCCUGGCUCCUCCCCGGCGGCGUCCCGGCGUUCUUCCCGCCGCGGCGCGGCUGCGACGUGAGGCUGUACCAGGACGCGCACGUCGGGGCCGGUGAGCUGGGCGGCGAGCCCGGGCGGUGCUGGGAGGAGCUGUGCCUGGCGGUGCUGGGCACGCAGCACCUCGUCUACGUGGUGGGCUGGUCGGCGUUCACCAGGGUCCGGCUGCUGCGGGGCGCCAUGUCGCCGGAGAUGGCGGCCAAGGCGGCCGAGGUGAGGGCGCUGGGCGGCGUGGCGGUGGAGGACAUGAGCCUGGGUGACCUGCUCAAGUACAAGUCCCAGGAGGGCGUCCGGGUGCUCCUCCUCUGCGAGGACACCACCUCACUCCACAACUUCUUCCUACGGACGAGGGGCGUGAUGCAGACGCACGGCGAGGAGACCAAGAAGUUCUUCAGGCACUCGUCUACAACCCCACAUUCCGGGAGGAGGAGGAUGCCAAGAAGCUGGGUCCCCGGCAGCCGUGGCACGACAUGCACUGCCGGCUGGACGGGCCGGCGGCGUACGACGUCCUCGAAAACUUCGAGCAGCGCUGGAGGAAGACGACGAGGCUGCGCCUCAAGGGUGUGCUACCGUUCGGCAAGAAGGCGCACUGGAAGGAGGACGCCCUGCUCAAGCUCGAGCGCAUCACCUGGAUCCUCAGCCCCGCCGCCAAGUCUGAUGCUGAUGCCGCCGCCGCCGCCGGCGACGACGACGACGAGCAGCAAGCCCUGCAGGUCCUGUCGGAGCACGACCCCGAGCGCUGGCACGCCCAGGUGUUCCGGUCGGCGGACGCCGGGUCCCUGAGGCGGUUCCCGCGCCCCUGGGACGGCGAAGCCAUGGCGCGGCACCACCUGCUGGGCGACAAGAAUCUGGCGGUGGAGUAGAGCAUCCACACGGCGUACGUCCGGGCGAUCCGGUCGGCGGAGCGCUUCGUCUACAUCGAGAACGAGCGCUUCAUCGGCUCGUCGUAUCUAUUUUAUGGGAUUAAUGGACUGAAUCUAUCUUGUGAACGAUUUUUUUUGAAUGAUUUGUCGGAUCUAUGAGUAUUUUUUUGGAU